AUGAUUCUAUUUCCACCCCUAUCCAAUAGGCUAUCGUCAGUUUCAAAAUUAGAUGGUUCAUUAUAUGUUCAUAUUCCAAUAAAAAAAAAAAACAAUAAUAAUAAUCAAAAUAUUAAUAAUAAUGGAAAUAAUAAUAAUAAUAAUAUUGAAAAUAAAGUCUAUACAAAAAUUCAAAAUCAAUUAUCAAUUGAAGAAGAAGAAUUAUGGAUAAAAAAUCAAGAGGAAAGAUUUGGACAAUUAUCACAACACUGUAUGGAAUUUGAUCCAAAAAGAAAAUAUAUUGGAAUUUAUGACCCAAGUGAAUAUAUCACCAGUAAUAAAAACUCAAAUAAUUCUAAAUCGAAUCAAAAGAAUUCAAACUCAAAUAAUGUAAAUAUUUCAAAUAAAAAGAAUGAAGUGUUUCAAAGAAAAAGGCCAUUUGCAAAUAAUAAUAAUACAAGCAAUAUUAAUAAUUCAAGUUUAAAUAAUAGUAAUAUUAUACAACCAUCACCAUUACCAACAACAACAACAAAUAAUAACAACUUAAUUAUAAAUAAUUUGAAUUCUAGUUUGAACAAUGAUUUAAAUAAUACAUUUGAUGAUAAUAAUGCAACUGAUGACUAUGAUGAAGAUGAUGACAAUGAUAAAGAUUUUGAUGAUUUUAUUAAUAAAAGUGGUAGAAAUUAUAUUAAUUAUAAUAAUAACCUACAACAACAACAACAACAACAACAACAACAACAACAACAAAAUCAUCAACAACUUAAUUAUGAUCAAGAUGAUGAUGACUAUAAUGAUACAAAUCGAAACUUAUUCGAACAAAUUAAUGAUAUGUCUUCAAGUGAUUUAUCAAUCUCAAUAAAUGAUGAAAAAUUAAAAAUUCAACAAAAAAUAUUAUUUAACUAUGAUGAUAAUAAUAAUAAUAAUAAUAAUAAUAAUAAUAAUAGUGAAUAUCAAGAUAUGGAAGAUAGCAAUAUUGAUGAUAGUAAUAUAAAUAACAACUCAUGUAAUAAUAGUAAUAACAAAAUUGAUAAUAAUAAUGAUAGUAGUAUUAUUGAAUCAUUUCAAACACCACCACAAAUUUCACCAAGAAAAGAAGUUUAUCCAGCAAGAUUUUUAUCACGUCAACAACAAGAACAACAACAACAACAAUAUAAUCGUAAUAUUCAUCAACAUAAUAGUAGUACUUUAAGUGGAAUUAGUAGUACAAGUAAUAGAAGUAGUUCAAGUAGAAAUUCAAAAUUAAUUUUGGAUCUAAGUCAAGAGAUAUCAGAUAUCAAUAGUAAUCGUUCAACAAUUAGUAGUAGUAUCAAUAAUUCAGAUUUAAUUAACAACUCUGUUGAAAUGCAAGAUAAUGAUAUGGAAACUUCAAUCUCAAGUUUAAAUUCAAGUAUUCAACAACAACAACAACAACAACAACAACAACAACAACAACAACAACAACAACAACAACAACAACAACAACAACAACAACAACAACAACAACAACAACAACAACAACAACAACAACAACAGCCACCAUUAACCUUUUCUUUUCCAACUUCACAAAGAAAAUUGGUUUUUAAUAAUAUAAAAUCACCAAUUUCUUCUACCCCAAACCAUGAAUAUUUUUUUAAUGAACUUGAACCAGAACACCAUCACCAUCAUCACCAAAAACAUAAUAAUCCAAUAACACCAAGACAAAGAUUAAAUUUUUCAAAUAAUCAAACAAACAAUGAUAAUAGUUAUGAAGAUAAUAAAAAUAAAAAUAAUAACAAUAAUAAUAAUGAUGAUAAUAAAAGUGAUGGUGAAGAUAUUGAAGAACAAUCAAUGGAUAUUUCUGUUGCUAGUAUGAAUUAA